UAAAUUUUCAUCAAGCUUUCUCUCUUGCAGUAGAAUAAUAUUCUUUCCCCCAGGAAUGAAUAUGAAUGUCAUACCUCAGUCAGAAAUAGUGAAAUCUAUUUGAUUUUCUGUCACUACAUUUCUUUGCACUUUCCUUCCAACCCUAUCCCCCUCCUCUCCCUCCACUCUUAAAAGUGAGCUGAAGUUAAUUGAAAGAGAGAACAUUGCUGGGACUGUUGUACUGAAUCACACACAGCCUCGUGUUGCCUCACUACUCUGGGUUCAGUACACUUUUCAGGGUAUCUCCACGCAACAAUCUUUGGCACUCUGCAACCUGUUGCCAGUGACAGCGACAGGAAAGAAAUCUGGUUUUGGAGGAGCAACGAAUAUGUGAGCAUCUGGAGAUUGUACAGACUGCCCCUCAUAGGUGAUCUAAACUGCAAAAGAGGUGACUGCUGUGGAAUAGGUGUGUUUGCAGUUAUCACGAUUAAGCUUAAGCCAGACAAAUUUGCAGCAAUAUAAAGUGAUUGAAAAUAGUCAUUUAUUGUACAACCCCGCCCCCCCCCCCCCCACAAUGCAAUCGUCCCCUUAUUUAUCAGCUCCACCCAUAAAGCCUCAGUGGAUGAUCCUACAGUAAUUUCACCUGACAUCAGUUUAAUCACCGCACACAGCUAGGUUAUGUGCAAAAUGGAAAAAUGCAGUUUGGAGAGACCUUUGGGCUAAGGUACUUCCUCACAAUCCUAAUAAUUUGGUAAAAUCUCAGCAGAGAAGGGUGGAGGUGGACCCAGUAGACUGCAUCCUAAUGAUGCCUUGAGCACAGUAAACAGCUCUAACAGCCCUGAGGGACAAACCUGACCUUGGAGCAGCCUCCUCUCCCUCCAAUAAAACCGGUAAAUGCAGCUGGGGUUAACAUUUAGUGUCGAUGAAACUUAAUUGGAGCUUAUGAAUCAGGUUUUCAUGAAAAGGUAUUGACCCAGCUCUUUCCUCCGCCACUGUUUUUCUGUUUUUAUUUCAGCAUCAGCGGUUGUUUGGUGUUCAAUUGCACUGUGCCUCCACUCUGGCUCUGAGCACCUUCCUGCUGGUCUUCAGUGGAACUGUGAAUUCAGAUCUCUGGUCCCCCCAGUAUCUGAGAUCAGAAUCUUCCUGGAAGCCUUCAAUGCAUUCAGGAUGAACUGUUCCAGAAAGACCCAUUCUCAAACACAAUCAACCAUUGCACAGAAACCCCAUAGGAAAUGAUAUCUUGAAAGCAUUAAUUUAAGCCAACAUGGAAAUUAGGACAGUCAUUAACAGAGUGAGCAAAUUGAUCUGAAUAGGAAGAACCCAUUCUUUUAUUCCUUUUAACAAAGGAAACACCUUUCUAUUUAACAUUUGUCUUUGUCACUGUUUUAUAAUGUUACAUUUGUUCUGUGAUUGACAGUUUCAAUGUAUUUUUAGGACCAACAAGCUUCCUAAAAGGGAGCUGCUACAUAAGAGAUCUGCUCUGAAGCCUGCUAUAAAGGGUGUUGUAGUGGAGCAUAGGACAUGUUCACCAGGUUGAUUCUUAGCAGAGAGAGAGAUUGUUCUUAGAGGGGAUUGAGCAGACUGGGCCUAUAUGCUCGAGUUACUGAAAAUGAUUUGAAUAUAAAAAUUCUUACAGGAUUUGACAGAUGCAGGAAUCAAUCAGGUGAAUCUUCCAUUUUGACGCAUUCCGUCUUUAACAAGAAUAUCUUUUCUUGGGUAGGGAGAAUAGACUCGUAGGGAAUAUUUCAGAUAUGGUCUCACUAGGAUCCUGUAUAGUUUUAGUAAGAUGUGUGUACUUUUGCACUCAAGGUGUCUGGCAACAAAGGCUGGUGAGUCACUACCUGCUGAGCCUGCAUGUUAACUUUCAGAGGAAGCUCAGGUCCCUCUGAACACCAACACCUUUCAAUCUUCUAUCAUUAAAAAAAAUCCAUAUUUUUUUAUAAUCUGUCAGCGCAAGCAAAAUGCGACUGUUUAUUCAUUUCCGUAGAUGCUGCCUGGCCUGCAGAGUUCCUUCAUUAUUGUGUGUGUGUGUUGCUAAUCCAUUCUCCUAUUUUUUCCACCAAAGUGGGCAACCUACUUUUACCACAAUAUAUUCCAUCUGCCACAUCCUUGUCCAUUCAUCUCCCCUAGACAGGGGUUCCCAAUCUGGGGUCCACAGACUGUUGGUUAACGCAGGGGGUCUAUGGCAUAGAAAAGGUUGGGAACCCUGGCACUAGAGCACCUCCGCAGGCAAUACUGUGACCCAGGUUUGCAUUAUCACCAAACGUGGAUAUAUUGCAUUUGAUUCCUUUGUCCAAUCCCAGGGCCCAUUACCCAAUCCCUGCAGCAGCUAACAUUUUUAGAAUAUGUAGAAAAAGGCCACUAAGGCAUAUUUUGAGAACUUAAACCCUACAAAAUGUUUGUAAUGGAAAGGUAAUGAAAGCUUGUCUCCAGGUACCGGGGGUAGUAACAGUACAGCAACAGGAAACGUGGACCUCUCUUCGUUUAAGGAAUGUCAUCUUUGUCCUCUCCCAAACAUUUUUGUAGCUCAUAAUGAAAGCUGAUCAUUUUAUAAAUGAUAUCAAGUAGCAGACAAGAAGCAUCAAGUCUUUGCUCCACAGCCUGGGAAAUACAUCACUAGUCCUGGUAUCUACCUGAGCUUCUUGUCUUUUGGAUCUCCUGGGUCCUUAACUGGUGUUUUCAUAAAUGGAAAUGUACUACACUUGUGUGCACAAACAUACGCAAUGUUUAGUAAGUGGCAAAGUGGGAAGGGACCAUCCCGUUCUUGAACACUAUCAACCCUCACAGAGAAAACCCGUGAAAAAUAUUUGAAAAAAAAUUAAUAGUCAAGAUGGAAAUUCAUCUAGUGGGAUCAGUCAUUUACACAGGGAGCAGACUGGUCUGCAUAGGAAAAACCCAUUCCUUUAUUCCUUUUACCAAAAAGGAGAACCCUUUUAUAUGACAUUUGCUGUUGCCACUUUUAUAAUGUACAGUUUUUUUUGUGACUGAAAGUUCAUUUCUUUCUAUAUAUUUUUAGGACCAACAACCUUUCUUAAAAAAAAGCAAUUAAAAGAGAGAACCUCUUUGAAUCGUGCUGUGACGGGUGAUGUGAUGCAAGUGCAACUGUAGAAUAUAUUGUUUGAACAAAGAAAACAAUUCCCUGGUGUCAAAGAAGAUCCAUAUUUGAAAGAUUCAUCACCAUGAUGUCCUCCAAGAGACUUGCAGACAUGGGUUACAAGGUGGUCUCUGGCUCAAUGAUAUUACUAACAGCAUACGGUGGCUAUCUCUGCAGUCUCCGUGUCUACCGCUUCUUCCAGAGACAAAAGGCCUUGAAGACAGCAGCUGAAGAUCAAGCCAGUGAAAUAAUAAAAGACUAAAAAGCUGCCUGUUUUGGGGAAUUGAGCAGCCCCACUCCCACCCUUUGUGUAAGAAAUGAAUGCUUUAGAUUGUAUAUCCAGCUACAGGAAUUGUGUGAAUCAACAUUAAGAUCUAUAUGUUAUAAAAUGUUAAAAUAAUUCUUUUGAAACAAA